GAGGAGAGAGAGAAAGAAUGGCGGCGGCCUUCCCCAAAGCCCCGAAGAAGCCCGAUGAAGCCGGCAAGGCGACGGAGGCGGACUCGCCGCUGCAGUACAGCCUCCUGCUGGAGUACCUGGUGGGCGAAAAGCGAGGCCCGAGGCCGGAUUUCCCGGCGGGCGUCCUCGGGGGCUUCCCGGCGCCCGUCAAGAGCCCCGAGCAGAAGAUGGUCGAGCGCGCCAUGGAGAGCUGCGGCUUCAAGGCGGUGCUGGCCUGUGUCGGCGGUUUCGUCCUGGGUGGAGCCUUUGGCGUGUUCACCGCUGGCAUCGACACCAACGUGGGCUUUGACCCCAAGGAUCCCUACCGCACGCCGACAGCCAGAGAGGUCCUGAAAGAUAUGGGGCAACGGGGAAUGUCGUACGCCAAAAACUUUGCCAUCGUGGGUGCCAUGUUCUCCUGCACUGAAUGCCUGGUGGAAUCUUACCGAGGCAAAUCCGAUUGGAAGAACAGCGUCACCAGCGGAUGCAUCACCGGCGGGGCCAUCGGCUUCAGAGCUGGCCUCAAAGCUGGGGUGCUUGGCUGUGGAGGUUUUGCCGCUUUCUCCGCAGUGAUCGACUACUACUUAAGGUAGCAGCUGGGGCCCACCAGCAAGGACUUUCUGACGGCCGCUGCGGGGGUGGGGGGGUGGGACAGCAGGCCCAGUGGGCCUCUCGAGCCCCCUCCCAGGUGGGCUUUCUGAAGGUUAAGCCAGCCGGAUGAGAAUCCCAUCUCUGCCCCAGGUAGGAGAAGAGCCACAAAGGAGCCCUUUGUAAGUUCUUGAGAUCUCCUGCUUGGUUCUGGAAACGGAGGAUGUUUGAUUGACACUUAACACCCAAAAAAAAAGAAAAUUGGGUGUUUUGCUUUCUACGUGUUUGGACUGGGAAGAACAAAACCACCAGGGUUUUUUUCUCCAUUUUCCCCCAAAGUGGGGAAUUAUCGGCUAAUAAAACGGGAAGAGUUUUUCAAAGUC